CAAAAAUAAAAACUGCAAAAUACCAACAAAACAUUCAUUCUCUCACUUUAAUAUUUCCUUUCAAAUUCAUUCAUUCAUUUUUUUAAUUUGUUAAUUUUCCAAAAAGAGAUGUCAAUUUCCCACAGCGAUACGAUCCCACUCCGCCCAUCAAAUUCCCAAUCCGAUAUCGAUGAGAUCCGAAGUUUAAUCGAUGACAGCGUUCAUUCAGGCCCCGCCGUCGUCCUCCCUGCACGGCAUCCCGCCACCACUCCACCACCGUCAUCCUCCCCUUUCAUCUCCUCUAAUAUCCCUCCUCCGCCACCUGUCUCCUCCUCAUCCUCCCUUCAAAAAUUGCAAUCCGUCCCCGCCGCUCCUCCUCCACCUCCACCUGUUGGUAAUUCUAGCAGCAUUGUCGCCAAUGGGUUUGGUCCUCCGCCGAAUACAUUGACUGAACCCGUUUUGGAUACGGUGAAAAGAGAUCUGUGGAGGAUCGUUAGUAAUUUGAAGCUGGUAGUGUUUCCUAAUCCUUUUAGAGAAGAUCCAGGAAAAGCGUUGAGAGAUUGGGAUCUUUGGGGUCCGUUUUUCUUUAUUGUUUUCUUGGGAGUCGCGCUCUCUUGGUCUGCCUCCGUUAAGAAGUCUCAGGUAUUUGCUGUUGCAUUUGCACUGCUGGCAGCUGGUGCUGUUAUCUUAACGUUGAAUGUGCUACUACUGGGUGGGCAUAUCAUUUUCUUCCAAAGUCUGAGUCUACUAGGUUAUUGCUUAUUCCCUUUGGAUGUAGGAGCCUUAAUCUGUAUGUUAAAGGACAAUGUGGUAGCUAAAGUAAUCAUCGUUUGUUUGGCAUUGGCUUGGAGCUCAUGGGCUGCCUAUCCUUUCAUGAGUUCGGCUGUUAAUCCGAAUCGAAAAGCCCUUGCUCUCUACCCCGUCCUUCUUAUGUACUUGUCUGUCGGUUUUCUCAUCAUCGCCAUUGAUUGAAGUUCCUUCCCUUUAAGGGGUCGCGAAAGCACUUGCUCUCGAUCUCGUUUUUCUUACCUAUGUAUAGGUUGGUUUUCUCAUCACCGCCAUCACUAUUGUUUGAAGUUUAUUCGCUUUAAGGUUUUGAAAUGA